GCCACGGCCAGGCGCGGGCAGCCGCUGCCGCCGCGCCGAGGGGGCUCCCGCGGGGCCGCGGGGCGCUCGGCCACCCGGGGGUAGCGGCGGAGCGGGACGCGCCCCCGCCUCGCCGCGCUGCGCAGAGGCUCCGGGGAGCGUGUUGAGCCGGAGGACAGCACAAUAGCCGGGAGGAGGAGACAGGGAAAGGGGCAGGGGGAAAGGAGGAGAGAGAAAGAGAAAGCACAACACGGGGGCUGGCGAGGGGAGGACGGAGCGGAGGACUCCUCAGCGUAGCUGCACUGAGGACCGUGCCCAGGACGGCAGCGGCAGGAGCCUCCUUCCCGUGUUCUCCACUUACUCCUGUAUGCAAAAUGGUGGACCCUGUGGGGUUUGUGGAGGCUUGGAAAGCACAGUUUUCAGACUCUGAGCCUCCUAAAAUGGAGCUGAAAUCUGUGGGAGACAUUGAACAGGAGCUGGAGAUGUGCAAAGCGUCUAUCCGGAGACUGGAGAUGGAGGUCAACAAGGAGAGGUUCCGCAUGAUUUACCUGCAGACUCUUCUGGCAAAGGAGAAAAAAAGCUAUGAUAGACAGAGAUGGGGUUUUAAACGUGUUUCUCAGUUGCCUGAAGGGGGUGCAGAGCAGCAGAUCCAAGACCUGCAUCAUCACCAGUCUGCUGACCAAGAUGAAUAUGAAAAAAGCAAGUCACACCACGGGGAAGAAAAGUUCAAACCCAGGAUACCCUCCCUGCGGAAGCUGUCUACCCAGAGUGAUGGGUCAGACCUGUCGCCUUUGGACAGUCCCCAUCAUGGAGAGGGAGAGCAGGACAGGUGUAAGUACUAUGGUGAAGAGAAACUGAAGAGAGUUGUAGAAGAUGUGGAGAAUCGCUGUGAUACAGAUGGCUCUCCUUCAAAACACAGAUCGGCUUCCACUCGCAGGCUCGUGGGAUCUGCUGAAAAGGAGGGAUCAUUUGAACCUAUUUCCAAGGAGAGAGGGAACAGCACCAGUGUGGCAGCCCUAAGGUCCAAUUUUGAGAGGAUUAAAAAGGUUAAUUCACAUUCUUCUGGAGAUAACAAGGAUAUUGUUGAAAAGCCCUUCUAUGUGAACAUGGAGUAUCAUCAUGAGAAGGGUUUAGUGAAGGUCAACGAUAAAGAUGUUUCAGAUAAAAUAAGCUCCCUUGGUAGCCAAGCCAUGCAAAUGGAACGGAAAAAGUCUUUGCACUCCCUCCCUUCUAACAUGGUACCCAGCUUCAGUGAGUUCCAGAGGCCUGCUUACAGGGGAAGGUCCUCGGAGAGCAGUUUUGGCUAUGAUGGAGAAUAUGAGGAUGCUGAACUGAACCCCAGGUUUCUCAAAGAUAACCUGAUUAAUGCUAAUGGCAGCAGCCGCUCACCUUGGCAGCCCAUGGACUUUCAACCAUAUCAGAGUAUUUAUGUUGGUGGAAUGAUGGGGGAAGGAGAAGGGAAAGGACCUAUUUUGCGAAAUCAGGGCACAACUGACCAGGAAAAACAUCUCACGUGGCCCAGGAGAUCUUAUUCCCCCAGGAGUUUUGAAGAUAUUGGAGGAGGAUAUACUCCUGAUUGUAGCUCUAAUGAGAACCUUACCUCCAGUGAGGAAGACUUCUCCUCAGGGCAGUCCAGCCAUGUCUCCCCCAGCCCCACCACUUACCGCAUGUAUCGGGAUAAAAGCCGUUCUCCUUCCCAGAACUCGCAGCAGUCCUUUGACAGUAGCAGUCCACCGACCCCCCAGUCUCAAAAACGGCACAGGCAGCAGCAAGUCAUUGUGUCGGAGGCUACUAUUGUGGGUGUACGAAAAACAGGACAGAUCUGGCCAAGUGAUAGUGAUUUGCCUUCUGGGAGAUGUCACCAGGACAGCUGCUUCCAUGGGGAUACAGAUGCUUCAUUCAGCGGCACACCACCUAGCUAUGCGUACGAUGCAGACCGUGCUGAAGAACAGAGGCGACAUCAUGAUAUGAUGCCCUAUAUUGAUGACUCGCCAUCAUCCUCACCCCAUCUCAGUUCCAAGAGUCGGGGCAGCCGAGACACCUUAUCUUCAGGAUCUCUGGAAUCUACAAAAUCAAGUGAGCCAGACUUGGAGAAAGGCCUGGAGAUGAGAAAAUGGGUCCUGUCAGGUAUCCUAGCCAGUGAGGAAACCUACCUGAGCCACCUGGAGGCUCUGUUGCUGCCUAUGAAGCCUUUGAAAGCAGCUGCCACCACCUCUCAGCCUGUGUUGACGAGUCAGCAGAUUGAGACAAUAUUCUUCAAAGUGCCUGAGCUCUAUGAGAUCCACAAAGAGUUCUAUGAUGGGCUUUUUCCCCGAGUGCAGCAGUGGAGUCACCAGCAAUGCGUAGGGGACCUCUUCCAAAAAUUGGCCAGCCAGCUGGGAGUGUACCGGGCCUUUGUGGAUAACUAUGAAGUUGCUAUGGAGACAGCGGAGAAAUGCUGCCAAGCCAAUGCUCAGUUUGCUGAAAUCUCUGAGAAUCUAAAGGCUAGAAGCACAAAGGAAUCUAAAGAUCAGACGACGAAAAAUUCCUUGGAAACUCUAUUAUACAAGCCAGUGGAUCGAGUAACUCGCAGCACACUUGUCCUGCAUGAUUUGCUGAAGCACACUCCAGUGAGCCACCCUGAUCAUCCACUCCUGCAGGAUGCUCUGCGGAUCUCGCAGAACUUCCUCUCCAGCAUCAAUGAAGAGAUCACGCCUCGUCGGCAGUCCAUGACUGUAAAGAAGGGGGAGCACCGACAGCUGCUGAAGGACAGUUUCAUGGUGGAGCUGGUUGAGGGGGCUCGCAAGCUACGUCAUGUCUUUCUUUUUACUGAUCUGUUCCUGUGUGCCAAACUCAAGAAGCAGAUUGGAGGAAAAAGCCAGCAAUAUGACUGCAAAUGGUACAUCCCGCUCACUGACCUUAGUUUCCAAAUGGUGGAUGAGUCUGAGGCAGCGCCCAAUAUCCCACUGGUACCUGAUGAGGAACUGGAUGCCAUGAAGAUCAAGAUAUCCCAGAUCAAGAAUGACAUCCAGCGUGAAAAGAGGGCCAAUAAAGGCAGCAAGGUCAUUGAGAGGUUGAAAAAGAAGCUCUCGGAGCAGGAAUCCCUCCUACUGCUGAUGUCUCCCAACAUGGCCUUUCGGGUACACAAUCGCAAUGGCAAGAGUUACACAUUCCUCAUUUCAUCGGACUAUGAAAGGGCAGAGUGGAGGGAGAACAUUCGGGAGCAGCAGAAGAAAUGCUUUAAAAGCUUCUCACUCACAUCAGUGGAGCUCCAGAUGCUGACAAACUCCUGUGUGAAGCUUCAGACAGUCCACAACAUUCCCCUCACUAUCAAUAAGGAAGAUGAUGAAUCCCCAGGUCUCUAUGGGUUCCUGAAUGUCAUCGUCCACUCUGCCACAGGAUUCAAACAAAGUUCAAAUUUGUACUGCACAUUAGAGGUGGAUUCUUUUGGGUAUUUUGUGAACAAGGCUAAGACUAGAGUUUACAGAGACACCACGGAGCCCAACUGGAAUGAGGAGUUUGAGAUUGAGCUGGAAGGCUCACAAACUCUGCGGAUUCUGUGCUAUGAAAAGUGCUACAACAAAACCAAGCUCACCAAAGAGGACGGAGAGAGCACAGAUCGCAUAAUGGGGAAAGGACAAAUCCAGCUGGACCCACAAGCAUUGCAGGACAAAGAUUGGCAACGCACAGUCAUCUCGAUGAAUGGAGUUGAAGUGAAGCUGUCGGUGAAGUUUACCAGUCGGGAGUUUAGCCUGAAAAGGAUGCCGUCCCGGAAGCAGACUGGGGUUUUUGGGGUCAAGAUCGCUAUUGUCACCAAGAGAGAGAGAUCGAAGGUGCCUUACAUAGUGCGCCAGUGUGUGGAAGAGAUAGAGCGGCGUGGAAUGGAGGAGGUGGGCAUCUACCGUGUCUCUGGGGUUGCAACUGAUAUCCAGGCUUUGAAAGCUGCCUUUGAUGUCAAUAACAAAGACGUGUCAGUGAUGAUGAGCGAGAUGGAUGUUAAUGCCAUUGCUGGCACCUUGAAACUGUACUUCCGGGAACUGCCUGAACCCCUCUUCACAGACGAACUGUACCCCAACUUUGCUGAGGGCAUUGCACUGUCAGAUCCUGUUGCAAAGGAAAGCUGUAUGUUGAAUCUAUUGUUAUCGCUUCCAGAACCCAACCUUGUGACAUUCCUUUUCCUUUUGGACCAUUUAAAAAGGGUUGCUGAGAGGGAAAGCGUUAACAAGAUGUCCCUGCAUAAUCUUGCAACUGUCUUUGGACCAACACUGCUCAGACCUUCAGAGAAGGACAGUAAAAUCCCUGCUAACCCAACCCAGCCUAUCACAAUGACUGAUAGCUGGUCACUAGAAGUCAUGUCCCAGGUUCAAGUUCUUCUGUACUUCCUGCAGCUAGAGACUAUCCCUACCCCAGACAGCAAGAGGCAAAGCAUUCUCUUUUCCACAGAGGUGUAGGUGCCUGGGAUACCAACAGGACACAAAAAACUGCUCUUGGCAUAAAUCUGCCACACCUGAGAAAAAGAUAACUGGUGUUUCUUCAGACAUUGCUGGCCUCUGCCUCUCCUGAGGAAUUACGGCCCUCAGUGCUUCUGCUGUUUGUUAACCAGAGACAAGCGGGGGAGAAAAAUCUCUGCUCUUGAUUGGCAGGACCAGAACUGAACUGGAGAUGGAGCUGUACGGAAUCUCCACUAGAAGGAGCAAUAGACACUUGAAUGAAUGCACCACCGAGUGUGGCUAUUAUUCUUGUUGGGAAUGGGACAGAAGGUAUUCCUCAUUUUAUGGAUUUAAUUUAUCAUAAAGGAACUUCCAAGAUUUCUACUGGACCACUUGAUAGGAUACCCCUUUUUGGGUGAGGGGGAGUUAGAAGAUAUAUCACAACUGUGUCUUUAAUAACUGCUGUUUUUAAAGUACUGUUCUAGGCCACAAAACUAGCAUUGCUUUGCAAGAGGAGAAGGGAAGGGUCUGGGAUCUAAGAUUCCCUCCUCAGAAAUUCAAGUCUUGAUUUGAACAGGGUUCUGAAGAAAUGAAACAUGUUGCGUACAACUAGAACUGUGGGUUUGUUUGGGGGGGUUGUUUUUUUUUUUUUUUGUUUGUUUUUUUUUUUUUCCUCACCCACUUGUUCCCUUGCAAAUGUUUAUAUAGCUCUCGAGAAGGAGAUGCCCUGCUCUUGCCUAUGCUGCACUUCUGAUGGGUUUUAGGGAGUUAAGGGAGCCAGACCCAGUGAUGUUACACUAUAAAUAAAUACAUCAAACUGAAGAGAGGCAGGGAGGAUUAUAGUCAGUGAUUUUGUUUGUGAUUCUGUUGUUUGCAUAUAAAAGCAAGGUCAAUAUUAUCCAGGCAGGAUUGCUAAAUUCCUUAAACACCACCAAAUUUAAUGCAAAUUAAUUGGGAAGACUGUUAAUUCCCAACACACCGAAGGAAAGAUGUUAUCACUGCAAAAAUAAUUGAAGCAUUUGUGGACAAAAAAAAAAAAAAAAUCAAUGGCUAUCAGCUUGGCUGGCUGCUUACUCCAGACUUUUAUCAAAACAUGGGUUUUUUUGAUACUUGAAUUUUUGGAGACUUUGUACAUUGCUUCUACAAGUGUCUUUUUCUGAUAGACACAAAUAUUUGGAUAAAAUGUGUCACAAUGUACUUUAUGGACAAUCUAGAAAGUAGCAUGCAUUGUGUAUUCUCCAGAACUUCCAACCCUGUUUUAAAUAAGAGCAGUAAAGAAAUUUCUAUGGAACCACAUAGAGCAGUAGAAAAGGUCUAGCCAAGUACCACCUUUGUGUUUCCCUGCCUCAGUCAAAGCCCCAGGGGUUACACAGGCGCGAAGGGCAGCAGGAUUUCUCUUGGGAAAUGAAAGCAUAAUCUAAUUGCUGGUAUCCAGAGCACAGGAUUGUGGCUCUGGAGCAGUUGUGCCAAACAACUUGGGGGGUGGGAGCAAUUCCAUUUCCAUAAACUAUUCCAGCCCCCUUCACUUCUACCCAGUUAUGCAGCGUCCAUUUAGUGGCAUCCAUCCAUUGUCACCCUGGUGAGAAGAAAAGUACAGCUUGAAGACAAGGGAAGGAAUCUGCAUGAGAAGGGGAGGGAGGGACAGAUUUUGAAAGAUUGGUAGAGUUAAAUUGUCAACAUUAUUUGAGGGGAAAUAUGACAAGGAAACCCCUGCUAUGCUGAAUUUCACAUUUUUCUAUAUGGGUGAUCUGCAACCUCUCAAUUAAAAAAACCCAAAAAAGCCAAAGGAGUCUUUCAAACAAAUGGAAAGAAAAAAAAUUAAAGGGAAAUUAUUUUGUAGUCACUGUAAUUCUGACUGCUGCAUAAUAGAAAUUAUUGUACUGUGAAGUUGCAAAUUCAAAAAGGAAGAAAUAUAAAUUUCAAUUUUGUGAGUAUAUCAAUAUUUUGCAUGCUUUGUAAGGAUUCUUAUAGGAAUUUAAUAUUGCUUAGUAUCCCUCCCUCCUUAGGUCUGGGAGCAAACCUCUUUGUAAUGUAAUGUACAACUAGAAAUUCCUUCUCUCUUGUAUGUAUUUCCACUACAUUCCAACUUCUGAACCCAUGAAACAGAAAAAGUGUUUAUAGUAGGAGGUGCUUUCUGGGGGGAGGGAGGGAAUGAAGGCAAGGAAACUUGAAGGCUUAAGAUUUUUAUUAUUUUUUAUUUUUAUUCUUUGCCUUUUUGAAGGUAAAAAUUAGUCACAAUCCUGAAAAACAUUGACUUAAAAGUCAUGCAGACCAGUAAACCACACUCUGGUUUUGUUUGUAUGUAUUUGUUCUCACUGUUACACAGCGGUUCUAUAGCAAUCCUUUUACUGCAAGCUGCACAGCGACCCGCUGCAAGCUGCUGUUCGCUGCACCUGAGGCAGCAGCGCUGCUGAUUGAAAAGGAAAAAACACCCAACUAAACUACACCAGGUGGUUGGGCAACAGCCUUUUCCUUUUGGCAUUUGGAAUCUGUGGCUGCUCUUUGCAGUGUUGAAACUGGAAAGCAAUACCAUAAUGACUGUGCCAAUUUACUUUUGCCCAACUUUUUUAUUUUUAUUUAUAUAGGAAGUUAAUUUUAAUAUUAAAUUACUGAUCUAUAGUAUGUAACCAUGAGAAAAUUGCUUUUGCUUUGGUUACUGUUACAGGUGGUUGCUUUUAGUCUAUCAUUACAAUGCUCAGUUCUAAUGUAACAUUAUCUAACAUGCAGGCAUGUGGAUCAGGGAAAAAAAAAAAAAGUUAAUUUAACUUAACCCGUUAAUUAUUUCUGUUAAGUAUGAAUAUGUUUUCCCCAAAGCUGGUAAUUUUGGGCUGGAAAAGAUAUGCUGAUGAUGAAAUCAUGGACUCAUUUGAAGUAUGAGAAUUGAUUUCUUGAAUUUCAUUUAAUUUUGCAAUUAAGUUUUUUCAAAUAGUCUUAUGUUUUCAGAACUUAAGUAUUUCCAGAAGGCUUUUAUGUCCUUUUCCCAGGGAUGUCAGUUGGUUGGUUUUGUUUUGUUUUUUGUUUUUUUAACUUUGUUAUUUUUUUUUAUUAGCCUUAUCAUACUUAAACAAAAAGGGAAUUGCAAAACUUGGCUUUAGAGAAGGCUGCAUGAGUUUUACAUAUUCCCGUGCGAGUUGUGUCAGAAAACCUAACUCUUCCAUUUUCUAUAUUAAAAGGAUAAAAUAUAAACAACAUAAGAGCAAAUUAGCAAAAAAUUUCCCCUUACAUGUGCACUGGGAGUUUAUGCUCUUUCAGUUUUGCGUGUAUCGGAGAGACCUUUCUAAAAAUGUAGCUUUCAGUAACUGGAAUCUGAAAUGUUAAAAUUUUCAACUAAAGCAAUUAAUCUGUUUAUGAUAGUCUGUGUAUCUCCAGUUUAAGGAGAGGAAUAAGCAUCAGUUUCCUAGCAUUUAGAAACAAUUCUAAAAUUCUCAUAGAUUUUUUUUUUUUAACACUGAAGAGAUUUUUAAGUAAAAUUUUAAAAAGUUAAGUAAAGCAAACUAUGGGAGAAAUUUUCAAAGAUGGUCAAGAAAUAACAGUUACUAGAUCAGUUUCAGCUUUGUGUUUGUGUGUGCUUUGUAUGGGAGGGGAGUGUCUGAAACCAAAUUGAAACACAUCCUUUAAAAUGCUGCUGGUGUUCUGUAUUCUUGCACAAUUUUAACAAGUUGAGGUAGUAGCUAAGCUAUUUCAGGCUGUAUUUUAAUGCUGCUAUUUUUCAGUGUAUCAGCUAAGGGCAAAACACAGCAGUGUGGUGACUGUAUUUGCUGAUGCCCACUGCCUGCCUUGAUUCUGACCUUCCGUUGCUAGGACAAGGCGACCAGCACGCACCCCAUGAAGCAAAACUGCAACUUCUUUUGCUGGCCACAAGGUGGUGGAACCACAGAGUGUUUAUGGGAGAGGCAGUGUAUUUUUACAGUUUAUUCAUUUUACCUGUUUUAAAAUCUGUUUUACAGUUGUUUAUGCUAGUUUUCUAUGAGUUUAUUUAAACAAAUGUACUGUUCUUUAAAGCAUACAUGGAUCUCCAAAUUUGUCUGUCACCCUUGUAACACUGGAAGGCAUCACAAUGUGUUAAUUUCUCUUAAUGUGCCGUUCUUUCAAGUAUGUAUAAAAUGUAAAUUGACCAACAUGGCUUUUAAAAAUCUUUAAAAUCUGAUGGCAAAAAACCAACCCUCUCUGAUUCCUCACUGGUUAAUCCUUUUGUUUCAGUGCUUGGUCAUCUACUGGGAUAACAUUAUCAGAUGUGGUAUUCUUAGUACAAAAAUUUUAGUAAGAAAUGGGAAAUGUUUUAAGAAAAACCCCUAACAGAAGACCAAUACAUUCACGCUAGAUUUAAGGGAUUGGCAUCUGUUCCUCAAAGAAGAGAAGUCUGAAAGGGCAAUUCCUAUGUAGAUAUGAUCAAAUUAAUCAAAUUAUUGGUGUAGACAGUUGCUUAUUUAUGCCCUCUUACAUUUGUAGUCCAGGUAUGUUCUUCUUUGUAAACUUUGCUAACGUUGUCAUAGUACUGUUAUGGGAAAAAUAAAUCUGAUACCAUUCACUUCCUUUAAGUUAGGGCACAUGCAACGGAGAUACUAGAGUCUUAGACUAGUAUUAGCAAUUCUCCAUUCUGAACUAGAAUGAAAUCAGUGUUCAUAGUCUCACUGAACAGAAUACAAUACAUGGAUUUCCCUUAAAAUCAACAGAAGCUCUAAAGGAAGCACUUACAGUUAAUGAUUGCUCCUUAACAAGGUUUUAGGGAAUAAAGGUAAUACAAAUGGAAAAGAGAAGCAUAAUUAGGCAUUGCUCAGAUCACAUUGUGUGGAAGUUCUCAUUUGUUGUGACAGAAGGCUUAUGCCCUAGAUAACUGUGAGCAAAGAUUGUCUUGCCAGUAAAUAAACACUGAUACAGGAACACCAGGAAUUUAGCUCCUGUCACCUCCCAGUUCUGAUGCGCUGCAACCCCUUUCUUGCCACUGAAAAUUUACAGUUCAGUGCUAAGAAAGCGAAGCUUAUUACUUGCUCUCUACCUUUUUUCCAUCCCUGUGGCAAUAGAUAGGGAGGAGCAAUAGAGUCCAUAUAUUACCGUAGGUGAAACACCACUACAAAGGAAGGACAAAGCUAAUCAAACCAGAAAAUUAAACUACUGUUUAAAUUAAAAGUCUGUUUCUGGGCUGCAAGGAUAAAAUGCUACAAUGUGCUAUAACGAUUAAAUUGUUGAAACAGUAGGACCAAAGCAAGCCUGAGUGCACAUGUUAUCUUGAUUCUCCUCCUCCCAUGACCACUUCAUUAGAUUUAGGCCUUCAAGGUCAAGCAAAUACAUAAAUGCUAUUGCCAAGAAUUAGAAAAUCAUUAAAUGACCUAAUCUGCCUCCACUGUUGAUUCUCUGUUACCAUCUUAUAGUGGAAUUGCUGGAGACUUGUAAAAAACAUGCAGGUGAACCAUGUGACUAUUUUCCCUGUCAUUUAUUUCCUACUGUCAUGUUUCACCUUGCAGUAAGAGACACCCCUCCUUUUCCAACAGAAACCACUUCAUCAUUCUGCACGGUAGAAACCACCCCACGGGGAGGUUCAGUUUGUAGCACAGCUAUCCCUGGAGAUAUCGAAAAUCUUUCCCAUCUUCUGGUGCAGAAUGGACCAGGUACUACUAAAGCUCUAGGCUCACGUAGGCCUGUUUUGUGCGUUAAGUAAGAUGAUGUUAUUUACACCUGUUCAAACCUAUUUGGGAAUUACUAUGAUUGCAGAGUCCCCAAGCCUAGCAGAAGUGUUUGCUCUACUGCUUUGUCUUAAGCCCAGUAAUGUUCAGAUCCUCUUGUCAAAAUGAUUCAUUAGAAUGGAGAAAACUUUUUUAUUUUCCACUAGAGCUUUUGUUUGUGAAACAGUUGCAGUCUUUUUCCCUGGUGGUAAGAUGUUCUGAGAACCCAAGAUGUUCUACAGGUGAACCAUUUCUCUAAUCUGCAGAAUGAUUUGUAUGACAAGGCCAUGUUACAUCCGAGCUUCCUGCCUGGAAGGAGAAUGCAGCAGCUUUCUGCCGAUGGCCCAAGCUAAGGAUCACAGCGGGUAGAGCCCACAGGUGAUCGGCCUUGAGCCUUCCGUGGCCACAUCUCCCCCGGGGCAGUGUGCACCGGGCCCAGAAGGCAGUUAGGGAAGAGCCUCAUCCAGAUUCUUCUUUGCCAAUCCACAUAGAGUAGCUCAAAUUCCCUCCAUUUUAGUCCCAUUUUGGGAGAAAUUGGGACUACAGUAACUCUGGGUAUUACACAACUAGAUGAAAACUGAUCUGUAUCUACCACCUACUAUAUCUGAAAUAGUUUUUAAUGUAAAAGCGGCCAUAGCAAAAGGACGUGUUUUCACAACAGCCUCUCCCUUCUUUACUGCUUCUCACAGCCUAAGAGAAAUCUUGUAUUGGGCUUCAGAGUUACGUAUGAAAACUUGCAGAAGCCACUCAGUAAUGGUAAUGUAUCUGGAAUCCUGGAUAAACUUUACCUAUGCAGGAACGUUUCAAGAGCUGGGAUAUCAGUACUAACCAAGGCAGCAGAAAGAGGGUAAGGAAUUGUUCUGGAUGACUGAGAAGCACCACACUGAAAUGGUGAAUUUAAAUACGAUCUCACAACAGGACACUGUGAAAUGUUGUCCCUCCUGUGUCUGUCCAGCAAAUAAAAUAAAACUAAGCCUUCUCUUGCCUAUGUAAGUUGUGUAGUUUGUUCUUAUCACUAGUAUUACAAGUGUUUAUAAUCCAUGAAGAAUUCCAAGGAAAGGAGUUAAGACUAUUUAAAUAUAAUUAAAUUAUAUAAUUAGUGCUAAAUUAUCAGGUGUAGAAGACAAACAACUUGUUACUGUUUGGAUAAUUUUGGGUUUCAACUGAGUUAAUAUUGUUGGCAUUGUUUUAACAUUACCAGGUUAGGGAGUCGAUUUUUGACAUUUUUAUCCUGCUAUUGCUAGUCCUUCAGGAUCUCAUAGUGUGCUCUUUUUGGAAAAGAAAACCUAAUCCUAAUAGUUUAAUAUUGAAAGGUGUUGAAACUGUACUGUUAAACAUCUCUCAGUGUAGGCCCAAAGAGAGUGAAAAAGGAAAGGGGAAAAAAGGGGGAAGGGGUGGGGCGGGGGGAAGUGUCAUUCUGGAUAUUUUUUUUUUUAAUUUUCUGAGAAGCGGUAUGAAAAAAGGAUCCAAAAACUGUAUGUGGGGGGGAAAAAAAGGCAUUUGUAGCCUUUCUUUGUACACAAUGUUAAAUAAAAUCUCCUGUAUCUA